AUGUCACUUUUAGUCUGCUUGCGGAGUCCUGUAAGACGUGUUGUGCUUGAAGGCGGUAUAAACCUCAUCCAUUGCUUUGACUCCUCCCUCUUCCUACCCCCUCUCUGCAUGUUUCAAUUGAAACGUCAUCUGUUGUGCAAACGAGCCAAAAGUAACACAAGCGCCGGAAUACUAUUAAUUGGAGAAAGCGCACGCCAAGGUGAGGUGUCACAGCUUGACCAGAGGAUGGCAAUAAUAAAUUCUUAUUCAGAGGCUUGGACCUUUCUCACAAGCAUCGUCAUGGGCAUCACCAUGGUGAUGGGCGUGAGUGCGGUGACUUCAGCUCCCAGUUACAUGACCGACUACUACAAGUAUGUUGCGAAUGACCCGAACGCCAAGCCGGGAAAUGCGAAAUUUUGGAGGACGGUACUGACAUUUUAUUUGGUUGUCACCAUGGUGACACAGACAGUGUUUGAACCCGUAAACCUCACCACCUUCUGCUGCCGUCUUUCUCUGAAGUUUCGGCUCUACGCUUCCUGUGUGCUCAUGCUGCUGGAGUUACUGGUGCUGUUGUUAAUCCCCGUUUCGUCCUCUACCUCCGAAAAUGCCGCCAUUGCCGCGUUGAUGAUAAUGGCGUUUGUGGGAGGAUUUGCACGAGCGUUCUAUGAGAAUACUGGAUACGCGCUGUUUGGCCCUUUUCCGUCCAUUAUGAUUGGUGCUUUUGUCAUCGGUGCAGCCGUUUCGGGUCUUGUGAUGUCGGUGCUGCAGAUCACUAUUAAGGCAUCCAUGGCAGAUGACUAUUAUUCGGUCCGAAAGCAAGCGUUUAUUUACUUCAGCAUUGCUAUCGGGAUCAUUGUCGUGACAAUGAUCAUGCUGUGGUCGCUGUCAAAGAACUCCUUUUCCAGGAGGCACGUCGCAGAACUGCGUUCGAAGCGCGGAUUUUUUGCAAACAUUUACCGGAAGCGCAAAGAAGCUCCUGAACCAACUACGGGCUCUGUGGAGGUGCUGGAGGAGGAGGCCAAACAAGACGAGGGUGAUGCGUCAGCGUCCCCGGCGGAAUCUGUUGAGGGGCCCACGACGGCAGAGCUGCUUCAGACGGUGAAACUCUGGCCUAUCAUCAAGAAGAUAUACCCCAUGCAGUUUUCAUGCUUUUACGCGUAUUUUCUCUCAUUUCUGCUCUUUCCUGGUGUAAUGCUGGCAAUGGACGAGGAAGAUCCAUGGUACGGGACUAUUGUCGUAGCAGUUUUCAAUGCUGCUGACCUUGUGGGACGCUUGCUGUGCCUGAUUAAGGCUUGUUGGGUUCCUCGCAGGUGGGUGGUUAUCGGCGCAUUGGUGCGAACGCUACUUGUCCCUAUUUUGGUUCUCUGUGCAAAAAGAUACAUCCCCACAUUCGCUGCCGCUUACACAGUGUCUGGUGUGUUGGGAAUGACAAACGGAUACCUUGCCACAAUUUCUGUCUCCUACACACCUGACACAGAAGGCCUUAACAGCGAUGGCGAGAGGGCUUUGGCUGGGCAAGCCACAGGCGUGUGUCUCCUCUUCGGUGUUUCUACGGGGUCACUGUUGCAGUUGGCCAUUGUGCUGGCGCUAUAG